AUGAGUGUCGACGCAGAUGACAUCAGCGACGACGGCGAAUCAAGUGAUGUCGAGACUCUAAGCAUCGGGAUGACAUUCGAAUCGGGCACAGAUGCGCUACAUGCCGUUCAAGACUAUGCGCUUGCUCACGGGAAGGCGGUCAAGGUCAAGCAACGCAGCGGAAUGCAUCGGUUGAUUGGCUGUACUGCGGAAGGCUGUACGUUUUGGGUUAAAGUCUACCGGAAGCGGCGGGCUGAUAAGACGUACGGGCCGUGGUACAUAUCGUCCAUGAACACGGAGCAUGUAAACUGUGUGUCCAGCGCCAACCCAACCAGGCGCCAGAUUGCCGAGCUCCCAACUUUCGAAAGCGCGGUUAGAGCUGACUACACCAUCUCAGCACCAGCGUUGGCAGAGCAGGUUCAGCACAGAGACGGCAUUUCUCUUCAGAAGAAACGAAGAACUCUCUACCGAGCCCGCGAAGCUGUUCAUGAACUUAGUUCGAAGAAUCUUGCUCGAUCGUACGAGAAAAUACCCAGCUACCUGGCGCAAUUUGCUGCACGGAAUCCCGGAAGCGUCGCCGUGGCCGAACGAGACCAGCAAGGCCAUUUCAAGCGAGCAAUCAUUGUUGUGAAGGUAUUCGCCGACGCUGUUGCCGCACGCCAAACCGUUCUUGGCGUCGACUGUAGCCACUCCAAGUGCCCAGCAUACGGCGGUAUGCAAAUGCACCUGGUUGGACGUGACGGGAACCUUCGGAACUUGACGUUUGCGUUUGGACUGGUGGAGGCAGAAGAUGUGGAGAACUAUACGUGGUUUUUUCUCGAUGUUGAAGCAGAAUGGGUACGACUUCACGGAGGUUCCUAUGUUCUGUGA